GAGAUGUGUUUUUGCUGUAUUUUUGGGCGCUGCGUUAUUGGAAUUGUUAACAUAUUUUUACAGCUGCUCAAGACGCGCAGUCGCGAUUCGUAGACGUGCGUUCAUGCCAAGCGGUCGUCGCUGCUCGCAGCUCCCUCACACAAAUCACAGAUCACAAGAAAAUCACACAGAAUCACUGGGAUCCAUAGCAAAAGCGCGUGUGUUAUUGUGUUUAAAAUAAAAAAAAAAAUAUACAAAAGGAAGCCAAGAAAACAAAAGUAAAAGUGACAAAAACAAAACCGUAUUCUAACGGUUCUUCUCUUUGAAGUGUUAAUAUUUUUUAAAGCUCAUAUUUUUUUUGCCUGUGAAAAUGCUGGUGCUUAAAAAAUAUAUAUAAAAAUAAUAUAUAUAUUUACACACAUAUAGAGAUAUCUAAAUUCGCAGUUUAACCCAAAUUGGAUUUUAAGGUUUCUCGGGUUUUCGUAUUUAUUUAUUUACCUUUUUUUUCGUGUGGAGUGAAAGUGAGUUCGAGGCUGAGACAUCGUCGCAGGAACGUGCCCCGUUAAUUUGCAUAUAUCCAUAUAGUAUAUAGAGCAUAUAUACAUAUAUAUAUAUAUAGCCUACUGUGGCGGCAGAUGAACAUGGCGCACAGCAGGACUCUCUGGCUGGCCCUAAUCCUUGCCCUGGUAGCCACUAACCAAGCGGCCAUCGACAAGGACGAUGGCAAGUUCCCCGGCAGCAAUCAUAACCUCACCACCUCACCAUCAUUGGAUCAGCAUAAUGUGAUCAAUCUCAGCCUGCACACGGACCUCCCGGCUCCACCUGCCGCGGCAGCAUCCUUUGAUCUCACGCGCACUCGUCGCCUAAGGGAUGCCCUCAAUGUCUUCGAUCUCGCCCUGCUGGCCGCCAAGUGGGGCCAGGUGGAGACCGACGGCGGUAUUGCGACCAACUGCAGCCGGGAUAUGAGGAGUUAUCUCGCCGGACUCAGCGAUGCCAAGAUGUGGGCGGUCAAGAUGGACGAUGCUUCCGGUCACUAUACAUCCGGUUUCUUCUACGGCAACAACUACUGGAUGGGUUCAUUGGCCCUGUGUGAUGCCAUCGACGAUGGCUUGACUCCUGCUCCCAGCAAGGACGGUAACAAUGGCUCAUCCUUGGACUCCGCCGCCGCUGCUGCCGCUCCCAGUGGCCUGCCCUUUGCCGCUGCUCACACCCAGGCCUAUAGCAGUGUCUACAAUGCACCGCCACCCUUUGUGCCCGGCUUCUAUGUGAUCAAGAUGCAGCUGAAUGAGACGCUACCCACCCAAGUGCUGCGCACCAUAUAUGUGGGCAUGUGCCUGCCCUCCAGCUGCUCCAUUGCGGACAUUGGGGAGAUGGGUGCCCGGGCCCAUGUGGAGCUGCCAUCGCGGGAUUUGCGCGUCCUGGACAUACGUGUGCCCACCGACAAGGAGUUUAACAUUUGGGCGGACAAGACCUUCUGCCUGUUGAUUGUUGUCUCCUGCAUUGUCAUGGCCCUGAUUUGCUGCGGCACCCUGUACGAAAUUUACCUGCGCGGCAAGCUCAAGGAGGCCCUGCGUCGCCAGGACAAGGAGAUGAUGAACAACAGCGAAACGAGCUCGGGGAUUGGGUGUGCCUCCUCCGACUACAGCGACACGAUGACCGCCCACGAUGACCCACUGAAGCAGUCGAACCGCAGCCACGCCCAUUCCGAGUCGAGCAACUCCCUGAAGCAACUGGAUCAACUGGUGCUCAAUCUGCCGCCGAAUGACAAUGACAGCGGCAACGGGCAUCAUGUGGACGAUCCCGAGCACGAGCAUCACCACGACCAUCAUCAUCAUCGCAACGGCGGCGGCGUUGGCGGUAACGAUACAAGCACCUCGGACGAGCACCUGGAGGGGCAUCUCCACGAGCCGGAGAAGCUGAGCAUCUACUCGGAGCUCCUGCUCUCCUUCUCGGCCAUCACGAACUUUAAUGCCAUCUGCGAUAGGAAUGUGGGUGCCGACACCAUACCCUGCAUCCAUGGACUGCGAGCCUUCAGCAUGGCCUGGGUAAUCCUUGGCCACACAUGCAUCGUGGUCUUCAAGUACUCUGACAACAUGGAGAUGCGCAAGGAGGUGGAGCAGAACUUCUUCUUCCAGGCCAUCACCAAUGGCCCGUUCAGCGUGGACACGUUCUUCUUCAUCAGCGGCUUCCUCAUCUCGUACAUCUACUUCCGGACGAAUGCCAAGGGCAAGCUGAAUAAGCUGAGCAAGGGCGCCAAUGAGUUCACCGCCGGAACAGCACACUUCCUGGGCCUGGUGGCCUACAGAUUUAUGCGUCUAACGGCACCCUAUCUGUUUGUGCUGGGCGUGGUUCAGGUGACCAUGAAGUAUCUGGCCACCUACUCGAUCUUUGAUCCGCCGACCAUGGAUCACAUCACCUGCCCGGACUAUUGGUGGCGGAAUAUCCUGUAUAUCAACACGCUGUUCCCUGUGGAUGAAAUGUGCAUGCUCUGGAGUUGGUAUCUGGCCAAUGACACUCAGUUCUAUAUGAUUGGAGCCAUUAUCCUGAUCGUGGGCGUCCGCCACUUUAAGCUGUCGGCCAUUACCACGCUGGUGUUCCUGGUUCUGUCUUGGAUUACCACCGCUGUGAUUGCGUUCACCAACAACCAUCGACCCAAUACGGACGAUCCGCUGGCGCUGUUCGACAAGAUCUACGACAAGCCCUGGACCCGCCUGGGUCCCUACCUGAUUGGCAUGGCCGUGGGCUGGAUUCUGUUCCGGACGAACUGCAAAAUCCGUCUGCCCAAGCUGACGGUGGCCAGUGCCUGGUUUCUGGCCAUGCUGAAUCUCUUUGUGCUGGUCUUUGGCCUGUAUCGAGCGGAUUUGUCACAGUUCACGGCCGCCGCCUACAGCUCGCUGAGCCACUCGGCCUGGGCCUUGUCGCUGGCCUGGAUUACUAUUGCCUGCUCCACGGGAUAUGGCGGCUAUAUCAACUCGCUGCUAUCGGCGCCCUGCCUGUAUCCAUUCUCCCGCGUCACCUACUGUGCUUACCUGGUGCAUCCCAUUGUCAUCCGUUCCAUGGCGUUGAAUUCGGACGCACCGCUGCAUCUGGGCGGGGAUCUGAUGGUUGUCAUGUUCUUCGGUCUUACGGUGGCUUCCUACUUCCUGUCCUUUGUGGUGUCCAUGUCCUUCGAGGCGCCCGUCGUCACAAUGCUGAAGAUCCUGUCGCCCAGUCGAAAGAAACGCCUCGCCUAAGUCCAUCUAUGCCCGCGCACCCCAGCUCCGCCCAUUUCCGAUUAUUUAUACCCCCAUUUAUGUCAUGUUAUCUAUUUCUUGUCCACAUAUUUAUGUAGCAUAGACUCAUCUCGUCGUCUUCUAUAUCCCUCUCGCUCUACAUUCUCUCCAGCACGCUCUCUCUCCCCACACGAGAUAAUAACUUUUGGAUCAUCUGUUUUGUUUUCAUUAUGUGUACAUUUUAGUCCUUUAAUUUAUUCCAAAGGUUUGGAAAAAGGAGGAAGGAGAAACGAGAAACGAGAAACGAGGUAGGAGGAGCCAGGAAGAGAGCCAGAGUUAUAUAUAGUACUUAAUAGCUAUAAUUAUAUAUGAAACUCUAGUACCUAAUUUUAUAAAGAAUCACGUUGUAUAUACUGUAUGCUAUAUAUAUUGUUAUACAUAAAACUUUUAAA